AUGGAAUCGGAUCUUGGCAAGCUCUUCAUUGGGGGAAUUUCCUGGGACACUGAUGAGGAACGUCUCAGAGAAUAUUUUGGAAAAUAUGGAGAAGUGAUAGAGGCUGUAAUUAUGAGAGAUCGCACAACAGGUCGCGCUCGUGGUUUCGGUUUUGUUGUCUUUUCGGAUCCUGUUGUUGCUGAAAGAGUCAUCAUAGAUAAGCACAUAAUUGAUGGCCGCACAGUUGAAGCUAAGAAAGCUGUUCCUAGGGACGAUCAGAUAACCGUAAACAGACAGUCUGGUGGCAUCCAAGGAUCUCCUGGUCCUGGACGCACCAAAAAGAUUUUUGUUGGAGGUUUACCAUCAACAAUCACAGAGAGUGAUUUUAAAAAGUACUUUGAUCAGUUUGGUACAAUUACUGAUGUUGUUGUAAUGUACGAUCACAAUACCCAGAGACCAAGAGGUUUUGGCUUCAUCACAUAUGAUUCGGAAGAAGCUGUGGACAGAGUUCUCUAUAAAACCUUUCAUGAACUCAAUGGCAAGAUGGUUGAGGUCAAGAGGGCAGUUCCUAAAGAGCUUUCACCUGGACCUAGCCGGAGCCCAUUGAUAGGAUAUAAUUAUGGUUUGAAUAGGACCAGUAGCUUCCUAAAUAGUUAUGCUCAGGGUUUCAAUAUGAGUCCAAUUGGAAAUUAUGGAGUCAAGAUGGAAGGAAGGUUUAGUCCACUUACUAAUGCUAGAAGUGGGUUUACUCCAUUUGGCUCCAAUGGUUAUGGAAUGGGAGUGAAUUUGGAUUCAGGAUUGAACACAAGCUAUGGAGGGACUUCUGGUUAUGGUGGCAGUCUUGGAUAUGGUCGGAUAAGUCCCUUGUACAAUGGCAACCCAAACAGAUAUACUACUCCUAUUGGCAAUAGCGCUGGUAGUGGGAGAAGUGAUUCUCUUAUGAACUCAGCUUCUCGGAGUGUUUGGGGAAAUGGGGGCCUUAACAAUGCUGCCAAUAAUUCAGCCAGCCCUGGUGCUUACAUGGGAUCUGGAAGUGGGGCUUUUGGUGUUUCAAUUGGAAAUAGUGGUGCAAAUUGGGGUCCAUCAGUCCCAGCACAGGGUGGAGGGGCUGCUUCUGGGUAUAGUACUUGGGGUAACACUUAUGAAGGUGGGGAUAACAGCAUUGGUUUAGGAGGUGGAGGGUAUGGAAGGAACAGCAGCCUAAGUGUGCCUCAAUCCUCAACAUUUACUGCACCAACUGGUGGUUAUGAAGCAUCCUAUGGGGACUUGUACCGUAGCGGUUCAGUUUACAGUGACUCAACGUGGCAGUCUGCUGCUUCUGAGAUAGAUACUUCUGGUUCUUUUGGUUAUGGUGGACUUGGUGGUAUGGCUACAGAUGAUCCAAUAAAGAAUUCUGAAGGUUUUAUUGGAAACUACAAUGUAAUAAGUAGACAAACUAAUAGAGGAAUUGCUGCGUAG